AACACUAAGGCAAGAGUGUUUCGAAUACCCUCGCUUUCGAACUCGGGAUUUUGUACACUUAGUGCCUCCGAGGCUUAUCGAGAAGUCAGCAGCGUUUUGUGGGAGUGCCACCUUCAAGAACACUUGGUUUUUUUUCUUCUUUUGCUGCUUCAUUCCUCAACGAAGGUGAAAGAUGCCUUUCACACCCGUAGAACAGGCUAAAUGCCCCAAAUGCGGAAAAUCCGUCUAUGCUGCAGAGGAAAUGUUGGCUGCUGGAGCCAAAUGGCACAAAACUUGCUUUAAGUGCGGACUUUGCCAUAAGAGGUUAGACAGCACCAACGCAACAGAACACGAUGGCCUGUUGUACUGCAAACAGUGCUAUGGCCGAAAAUUCGGACCCAAGGGUUAUGGAUUUGGUGGUGGAGCUGGAUGUCUGAGCAUGGACAAAGGAGAACAGUUUGGAAACACAGAAUGUGCCAUGAGCAACAAGCCCACUUUGGACCCAACUUAUUCUACUUAACUUUCCAGCAAGUUAUUUAUUCUGUAUAGAACUGUUCCGAGUGAUCUGCUCUAAUACAACAAAAACAGAAACUAAGUGCUUUAUAAACAGGAAAAUAUGCGUUUCUUUUUUAAACUUAUUUUUGUCCACUGUUAAUUCUAAAUAUCAAAAUCAAGUUAAUAUCCUGAAGAUGGCAACGACAAUGUACCUGUUCUCCAUUUAGUUUGCUGCCAUAAUUUAAACGCUUAAAAAUAUUGGAAUAUGCUCAAUGUUAUACGACAGUACCGAUUAUCUUUGUGUGCUUUUAAAAGAAAUACGCAAGAUUUACAUCCAGGAUUACAAUGGAAAUGUUUUCCCUAAAGCAAAAGAAUAUGGAAUGAAAGUAUAUUUUUCCGCAUUAAAAAGUGUUUGUAAAAUGUGAUGAAGCAAUUUUAGAUGAAUGUUUCAUUAGCUAUCUUUCUUUAUAUAAAUGUUCCUAAUGUUUUGAUAAAUUUAGGUUUAAGAAAAGUUGCUGGUAACGGUGCUGUGUAUUACAAAUCAUGUUCAUGUUUCAAAUAAAUUACAAUACAGUUUCGAA